AUGACAACGUUCGCACAAACCGAGCAUCUCACACUCAGAGCUUUUCAGGACGGUGACACAGAUCUUAUCCUUCACCUUUGGAACAUACAAGCCGUUGCGCGUACGGGAUGGCCCACGGACUACUUCGCGCCGCAGGCUCCGAAGGCGAAAGAACAGUUCAAGAAACAAGCCGAGGAUGCACUUUGCUACGUCAUCAUCACUCCGCGCGGGUCAGACGACUUCGUGGGGUAUACAACCUUGCAUACCACUACUGCGAGCAGUCGCAGCGCUAGCUUCGCGGUCGCGCUCAUGCCGGAAUACUGGGGAAAGGGAUAUGGGACAGAAGUGACGGGCUGGAUCGUUGACUGGGGCUUCCGUCAGCUGGGGUUGCAUCGAAUCGGUCUCCAGGUACUAGACAUCAAUGUCGGAGCGAUAGCGCUCUACAAGAAACUCGGAUUCGUUGAGGAAGGUAGGAUUCGAGAGGCGCGGUGGUUGGAUGGUGAAUGGCAUGAUCUGAUCUCGAUGGGUCUCUUGGAACGCGAGUGGAAAGCACGCCAGGAUCAAACGCGCACGUUAUCGCGGAGGGUCGCUCCCUGA